CAGGACAUUGGCUUAGCAGUGGGAGAGGAGGAAUGUUUCUGUACUUCCAGGCAACUGAGAUGGCUCAUUGCUUAGAAAAGAGUCCAUCUUGGGGGAAAAAAAAUUAAAAAAUAAAAUAAAAUUCAAGUACGAAACCAAAAACCCAAACGUACACCUCCUGGGAGACAAAUUAUGUACCAGUUCUCUUUCAAAAUAUUGAAAGGAUAAAGCUGCAAGGGUGCAAGGGCCUAAUAAGAGAGGAAGUAAAACAAGGGAAAUUGCUUUACAAAAUUCUAAUCAAAAGACUAGACUAGUUGUUUUUUCAAACAAAUUAGCUAAUUGCGAUGAAAUGGCAGUCCUCAAAGGAGUAACAAGUUCAUCUUUCUUUCACCAUAGGGGUUACAGUUCCUUGGCUUGUGCUACUCUGGAAUCAUUUUACUGUUUCUGUUUUUAUUAUCUUAAGUGCUAAUUAACAAAAGGAAAAAAUAUCCUGUAGUUUCAUUACCUUUUUGGAUAAUGUCAUACAAAAAGAAAAAAAAAACAAACCUAUGUAUUUGUGUUCUUUUUGUGCUGUGAGAAUUGUUGUUUGUAGAUUAAUAAUACUAUCAUUUUGUUUAGAAUUACAAACUAGUUUUUAAGUAUUGUCUGAGAAAAGCCAAAGUUAAUGCAAUCUAGUGGAAACUGUAAGACCAUUUGAGUAUUGUUUCUGUUUUAUUGAUGCAUUUGGAUUUUGUUGUUUGAUGGAAUUUGAGCCAAAAAAAAAAAAAGAACAAAAAAAAAUGAAAAAAAAAGCAGGCUUUCCUAUUUCUACAACUUGAUUGUACUUAUGCAUUUUGUACCAGUGGAACUUUUUAUACUGGAGAUUAAAAAACAAAUGGAAAUUUUUGUGGCUUACUCUCGUGGGCCCCCUCGAUCAUGACUGAUUUUCAAGUUUGAUUUCUGGACGGUAGAAAGAGAGUUGGUUUUGUUUCGAGAAUUCAAAACUUUGGCUUGAUUUCUUUUUUUCCCUUUGCUUAUAUCUAGUGUUUAGAAUUUUGUCUUAACAAAAGCGGUAAGUUUCACUUUUUAUUCUGUAUCGUGCAGUUACACAAUAAGGUAAUUAGAAUUAGGAGUACUCGGUCACUUUGCGUGGAUAAAUGUAUUAGUUAAAACGUUAGGGGUUUGCUUUUUUGCUGUUUAGAUCAGAGUUUUUUCUGAUUCUUCUGUCCUCAUUGUGAACAUAACCGUGUAGUUGAAACAGUCAGACUUAUUUUUGUAACGUAUGUUAUUGUGUGAUGCAGUUUUUUGCUUCUGUCUCCAAUAUUAAACCAUUUUCCUAAUACUUGUCUCUCUACUUUGUGUGUUGUAUUGUUGGUGGUCAUUCUGUGUUGGUAAUACAUCUACACACCUCACUGUUUCACGUGCCUGUUUUUUUUUUUCUCUAUUUGUUGGUUGUGUACAAAAGAUACAGUCGAUUCCACCUAAGUGAAUAGCUGAUUGGGGGGCAAAAGAGGAUUUGUACAUUUUAGACAUAUUCUGGUUUCUUUGAUUUUUUUUUUUCUCUCUCUUCCUCCCCCUAGUCAUGCCUUAUCACUUGGAUAAUCUCUCGGAGCAGGAAGCAUUUUAAAUGAGCUUCUUGCAAAGUCCUAUUCAAGGUAGCUUUUGUUAGCCUUCGGACUGCAAAACCUUCUGCACACAAACACACAGAAGUCACGGGAAAAGUUGUUUUGGGUUUUUUUUUGCUGUGACAUUUCAGUCAGUCUGGAAAAUGUGGAUUAUGGAGAUCAGUUCUUCCUAGUUGUUAAAAAAAAAAAAAAUAAUACUCUGCCACUACUUCGCAGAAGCACAUGAAACAUUCAAGAAAAGGAGGAUAUAGCCUUGGGAUUUCUUCCAAACUGCACAGUAAUCUGAUGGCAUAUGGCGUUAGUCAAACUCUCCUUAGAAACUAAUCACGUCUUAACUAGGCUGUGAGAGCCUGCAAAAGCCUACCAGGUGAUCGAGCUUGUUAUGUGCAGUUAUACAUAUAAUACUUUAAAAAAUAAAGGGAGCACAGGAAGACUUUCUAUUAAAGCCAGCAGAAGUAAAGAAAAAAAAACACACAAAAAUAAAAGGAUGGAGAAAUAAAUGAUUGAAAAAAGAUCCCCCAUUGUUCCAAUGGGUGAUAUUUUUGCUGUGGGCUUACAAAGCAGAUCAUUCUCAGCCUUGGCUGAUAGUAUUACGCAAAUCUCAAAAGGGACUAAAGAAAUUUCAUAGCCCUUUUUUUUCUCAUUAUUUUUUACAGUUGGCUUUUAGCUUUUUUUAUUCUUUCAUUUCCUAUAAUUUUUUUCUCCUCACAAGAAUCUCUCUGCUCUCCCCCAGCCGGUGUCUACCACGAUGAAAUAAAAGCUGCAAAAGAAAAAUCUAUGUUGUUCUGGUUUACAAAAAGUCUCUUCUCUCCUCUGUUUGAUCGCAGAUACAAACUUUACAAUUUGGAGGGGGGGGAAAGCAAAACAAAACCAACCAAACCAAACCCAAGGAGGAGAGAGAAGCACUGGCGAGUGCUCUCUGGAAUUCAAGCCAUACGCCCCCAUCCCUUUCCUUUGUCCCACUUUCUGUGAUGCUCAGGAAUCGAAGACCACUUAAAAGUGCUCUUAUGAGACCCAAAUGACACUCCUCCCUCUUGUCUCCUCUCCCCUGGUCUUUCUGGCACUCUGGCUUUGGCUCACACACACACACAGCCCCCCUCGAUACCGUCUUAUUGGUCCUGGCGCACUGAGUGUAUCCGUGUGGUGUCAGCAGCAACGUUGGUUCCUGCCUUUGGAAGACUUUUGAAAUUUUCUGGUGGCUCGUGAGUUGGCCUGGUUGUUACUGCUCAAUGCAUUUUUUUUUUUUAAUUCUUUUUUCCUUUUUUCACUUUUCCGUUUCCAUGAGAAGCAAAUAAACGAUGAGUCUGGGGCCCCAGAGAAGCUCCAGUGUCAUCUCGCAGGGUCUGUUGUCAGAGGUCAGGGGUCCAAGCAACCCUAAGUUUAAUCUAAAACCACAGGAGCCUGUAGCAGACAGCCCAGGCAGGAAAGCAGAACCCAGUGGUCAGACUGUAUCCUGGGUCUUUGACAAUUCUAGAGUUUAUGAUCCCGAUUUGGAUAAUUUUGACAUCAGUGGAUUCAGUUAAGUAAGUCUUGACUUGCAUGAAUGAUGAAUCAGAAUUACUCUCUGGGUUUUUUUAGCUUGCUGUGGAUGCUUUAUUUUUUUUUCUUUUCUCUUUUUUUUUCCUCCAAACUUGGUCUUAAGGAAAGAAACUAGAGCUUUGUGAAGGGUCUUUUCUUCCAAAAAUACAACUGAAAAAAAAAAAAAAGACUUAAACUGCAGUUGGGUUUCUUUUAAAUACUCAGGGCUGAAAGAUACAGGGUUUUCUUUCUUUUUUUCAUUCUUUUUAUUAUUUUAUUUCAACAAUGGGGAAAAACGAGUUCCUUAAAGCAAUGCAGCUGAACAGUUUGUCCUGCUUAAACGCAUGCUUUUAAUUUCAAUUAUGUAAGGCACCUUGCAGUGUUAGCAAAAUGUCUCUUUGUUAGCUAUAUGUGUAUCGCCAUGGGAAAUUACCAAACUGUCACAGGACUUGCUGAUUAAAGAAUAGCCUGCCAGAGUGUGUGUGCCUUUGCCCAGUGUGACUCUUAGGUAUUAGGCUAAGGAAAACAGUUUAACAAAAUGUAGUGUGAAUCAUUCCUGAUAAGUGAAUAAAGCAUUGUGACCAAGCAAUCAGAUUAUUCACUUAUCAGGAAUCGACUGUACUGAUAGUUUGCCUGAUCGUUUUUGUUCCUCAUCUCUGUUGUAGUUUCACUACUUUGCUGUGUUCUGUUUUUUCUCUCAUGCUCUUAGCAAAAUCACUGGGAAUAUCCCUUCGUGUGAUCAUGAAACGUGCUACUGAGUAACAAAUAAAAAAAAAAAAUUAAAUAUAAAAAUGAUAUCUUAACAAAAUCUAUGCACUUGCUAUCAGGAACACAAUACUGGAUGUGUCUUAUAUAUAUUGAACUAUAAUAGUAUUCGAUUUCUUAAAUAAAGCUUAAGAAAGGAUUCUGUUGUCUGUAAAAUUUUAUGAGCAUUAAAUGGAAAAAAAAAAUG